UCAAAUUACAUGAUGAUUGAAGAUAAUAAAGAGAAUGAAGACCAUGCAUCUGAAAGAGGAAGAACAGCCAUCAUUUUUUCCUUGAAGAACGAAGUUGGAGGACUUGUAAAAGCAUUAAAACUCUUUCAGGAGAAGCAUGUCAAUCUGGUACACAUUGAGUCACGGAAGUCCAAGAGACGAAAUUCUGAGUUUGAGAUCUUUGUGGACUGUGACAGUAACAGGGAACAACUGAAUGAGAUCUUCCAGCUCCUGAAAUCCCACGUCAAUGUUGUCUCUAUGAACCCAACAGAGCACUUCAAUGUCCAGGAAGAUGACAUGGAGAAUGUUCCCUGGUUUCCGAAGAAGAUCUCAGAUUUGGAUAAGUGUGCAAACCGAGUGUUGAUGUAUGGGUCCGAUUUGGAUGCUGAUCAUCCAGGUUUCAAAGACAAUGUCUAUCGCAAGAGGCGAAAGUAUUUUGCAGACCUGGCUAUGAACUACAAACAUGGUGACCCAAUUCCCAAGAUUGAAUUCACUGAGGAGGAGAUCAAGACUUGGGGGACUGUGUACCGAGAGCUUAACAAGCUUUACCCAACUCAUGCCUGUAGAGAGUACCUUAAAAACUUACCUUUGCUCACCAAAUACUGUGGGUACAGGGAAGACAAUAUCCCCCAGCUGGAAGAUGUGUCCCGCUUCCUGAAAGAGCGCACAGGUUUCACCAUCCGCCCUGUUGCUGGAUAUCUGUCACCCCGAGACUUCUUGGCAGGAUUAGCAUUCAGAGUUUUUCACUGCACUCAAUAUGUUAGACACAGCUCGGACCCUCUCUAUACACCAGAGCCUGAUACCUGCCAUGAGCUCCUAGGCCAUGUCCCUCUUUUGGCUGAACCCAGUUUUGCUCAAUUCUCCCAGGAAAUUGGUCUUGCAUCACUCGGGGCAUCAGAUGAGGCUGUCCAAAAACUGGCAACAUGCUACUUCUUCACUGUAGAGUUUGGCUUGUGCAAGCAAGAGGGACAGCUACGAGUUUAUGGGGCUGGCUUGCUCUCUUCGAUUAGUGAACUCAAGCACUCGCUCUCUGGUGGUGCCAAAGUCAAGCCUUUUGAUCCAAAGGUCACUUGCAAGCAAGAAUGCCUCAUAACAACUUUCCAGGAGGUUUACUUUGUUUCUGAAAGUUUUGAAGAAGCAAAAGAAAAGAUGAGAGAGUUUGCAAAAACCAUCAAGCGCCCAUUUGGUGUGAAGUACAAUCCAUACACUCAAAGCGUGCAGAUCCUGAAAGACACAAAAAGCAUUGCCAGCGUGGUGAAUGAGCUACGUCAUGAGCUGGACAUUGUCAGCGAUGCCCUCAGCAAGAUGGGCAAGCAGCUGGAAGUUUAACACCCCUGUCAGCAGUGUGGUGCACUGGGCAACUCUUUUUUUUUUCCCCCUAUUGAUUUCUUUUUAGGCAUGUAACACAUUGUAUGCAGAACUCUCUCCUUUACAAAUGGAA